AUGGCAGACGUAUCUGACGAAAACCUUCAAAAAGAAAUUCUAAAGAUUCUUGAAAAGGCAAACUUAGCAAAAACUUCAACCAAGAAAGUGAGACAGAAGUUGGAGGAGGUAUUUGAUACUGACCUGACUGAUAAGAAAGAGUUGAUCGACCAAUAUGUUAUGGACUAUGUCAAUAAAAUGGAAUCUGAGAAUUCAGAUAGUGCUGAAGAAGAAUCUGAUGAAAAGAAAAAGCCUGAACCCAAGAAAAGAAAGAAGAGGAAGGGAUCAGAUUCAGACAGUGAUUGGGUGAAGAAAAAACCUAAAAAGCAGGCAGCAGCAGGGGCCGGACGUGGCAAAGGCAGCGGUUACACUCGGGCAUACAAACUAUCCCCAGCCUUAGCUGAAUUAAUGGGACAGGAAGAGAUGCCACGACACGAAGUGGUGAAACGUGUUUGGACCAUCAUCAAAGAGAAAAACUUAUAUGACCAGUCUAACAAACAAUAUGCCAUAUGCGACGAGGCCCUCUACAAGGUUAUAGGCACUAAGCGAUUCCGAACGUUCGGUAUGAUGAAAUAUUUGAAAACUCAUUUCUUAGAUUAA